AUCUUUUCGUUUUAAAGAUGGCUAGUUAAAAACUUUACCCGUACCUAAUCUGGCAACACUGACUCCCAGCGUAGUGUUGUUGUCAUCUGUCAGUGCAGCAAAUGUAAACAGAGUGCGAGUAACUUAUGCCAGGGACUGUAGACAUAAAAAGUAAAGUCGCAAAUUUACAUUGUACUACAUGCUGGUAGGAAACUGAAGCUUUACUGAAAGAAGUACAACAAGUUUUCGUACCAGCCACAUUCACCAAGCCUAUGGCAAAGUCUUUGAAACCACUCCUUAUCAUCAAAACUGAAAAUGGAAACAGCGACAAUAAAGGAGAAAUAAAGAAAACGGGUGACAAACAGUGAGUCGCCAUGAAGUCCUUUCUCAGCCUUGGUAUGGGGAAACCGGCCCCAGCGUUGGAAUCCCCAAAGCCUGCGAGUGGCAUUCUUCCGCACGGGGAAGAAGACGCCCUUGCAAAUCUAUGGGUUGACAUUAUUAACAGAUCAGAGACUGCGUGUUGCAAGCUUAUCAGUGAAGUGAGGAACUACAGGGAUUCCAUCAAGGAGGUACAAGAGGCAGAGGAAAAGCUGUUGAAAGACUUAGGGGCUUCAGGCCUUGGAGCAGUUUCUCCCCAACUGCAGCAGGCUAGUGAUGAGUAUCUCUCCGUAAUAAUGGAGAUGAAGAGCAAGAGCGAAGAAACAAGCACAGGCGUACAGGAGGUGUUAGGAGAUCCCAUCAAGCAGUACCAUGCACUCUUCGAGCCACUGGAUGCUCUGCGAAAGCGUCGGGAUGCUCAGUUAAUGGUUGUGCAGAAGUGUCAGGACAAGCUGGAUAAACUGAAAUUGAAGGGCAAACGCAACACUGAUGUCAUUGUAGAACGCGAGGCAGCCAUGGCCGUUCUACGAGAGCUGAAUGGGAAGUUGUUGAAAGAAGCGAAACAUUUUCAUGAUCUGCGACAGCCAUACUUACAGCCUUGCAUAUUGGCCUAUGUGCAAAGCCAGGUGGACUAUUAUGGGACAGCAAAUGCACAAUUCAACAGUCAAGUCCAAAUCAGUCGAGGAGUUCAUCAGAUGAAAGAGAGUGAAUACGAAGCUGUGAUGGGAGAGCAGCUAAACAAAAUAAAAUCCCUCAAUAUUGUGGCUGCAUAAGUUAAUUGGACUUAAGUUAUUUUAAUUAACCCUGGGAGAUAUAUAUAUAUACAUACAUACAUACAUACAUAAUAUAUACAUGCAUACAUACAUACAUACAUACAUACAUACAUACAUACAUACAUACAUACAUACAUACAUAAAUAGACCAUAUUGCUUUCAAGAUUGAAUAUUUGAUGUGAGUGUAUCAUGAUACAGUAGGGAAAUUAUGUAUUUCUGCUGUAGAUUUGAAGAAACAUUAAAUACUGUACGAUA